GGAAUACCCAAUCUAUCUUCUUUCAGUAUCUAUGGCUGGCAUUGAACAUUCGUAUUUCGUUUCGUUCGAUAACGUCGUGUAAUUAAUUUGUAAAGAUCCAACCUAUUUCGCCAGAUGGAAAAUAAAUUGCAAUUCGGUGGUUAUCCCGCAGAAUACGAUCCUGUGAAACACGGGCCGUACGAUCCUGCGCGCUAUUAUGGAAAACCCGAUACUCCGUUCAUGGAUUUGAAACUCAGCGAAAUCCCCGGCUGGAUCGCGAGACGUCAAAAAGGUCCACGGGAAACUGUGGCAUUGUUCUCACGAGCAUUCUGGCGCUGGCAGCAUAAGUAUGUGCAGCCUAGAAAAGGUGGUAUAGCUCCCUUCUUCCAAGUGGUGGUCGCCUCUAUGUUUGCGUUCUAUUAUAUAAACUACAAGAAAAUACGUCAUCACAGGACUUACAAAUAUCACUAAUUGUGCUCUAUUUAGUGAUAGAGUGUCUAUAUCUCUAGACACUUAUAGAUGAUCAUAAUAAAAGAUUUAUGAUUUAUGCAAUCAAUUGUUCAUGAAGGAUAUUCAGCUGUUUAGGAUUCCUUUGAAUAAAUAUUCAUAGUAUGCGCAAAAAAAAA